AUGAACAGAAUCACCACAUUUCUUACAAUAAAAACUUUAAACGAUUGCAUUGCCAACUACAUAUGUAAAGAAAUAACAAUACCAUGCGAACGUCGAAUACUGCACAACGUGUCUGGCGAGUUCCGGUCCGGCGAAGUGACCUGUAUCCUCGGCCCGUCCGGUUCCGGCAAGACCACUCUACUGAACAUACUUGCAGGAUACAUGUCAAAUGGCGUGACCGGAAGGGUAACAGUCAACGGACAUCACCGGGACAUGAGAGUAUUCAAGAAACUAAGCAGCUACAUCAUGCAAGACGACAUGCUCCAGCCUCGUCUCACCGUGCUGGAGCUGAUGGUGGUAGCGGCUAAUCUCAAGCUGGGAGAGAAACUUGGCCGUGCUGAGAAAGAACUUAUAGUAGAAGAGAUUCUCCAAACCCUUGGCCUUUGGGAGCACAGGCAUACACGGUCCGAACAUCUCUCUGGUGGCCAAUCGAAACGGCUAUCAGUCGCCCUGGAGCUAGUCAACAACCCACCGAUCAUAUUCCUAGAUGAACCGACCACGUAA